CUCACCACCAAAGUUUGUUUACGAAACGCAGAGGAAAGGGAAAAAAAAUAGGAAGUGUGCGAUAGCGCUUUUCUCCCUGGUUUUGUUUCUCCCGAACCAAACAGGAAAUGGAGAAGAAAAAGUGUUGCGUGGAGUACAGAAGAGAAAGCCCACUAAACGUAGCAAGAAAAAGCUGCUCAAGAAAGUAGUAGACUACCUCAGAUCGGAUUCUUACAUGUUCGCUCCUCUCAUCUCUUCCCAAUCUAGGACUCUUCGUUCUUCUGCUGAAAGAGCGGAAGUGAGAGAACCCAUCAGAGAAAACAACAACAAAAGGUCAAUCGAGAAGAUUGGGGAGUAUCUGAAGUCUGAUACCUACAUGUAUGCACCAUUGGUUGAUCCUCCUCGAUCAAUUAGUCCUCUUCCUACAGGAUCUUCAUGGUACAUGAAAAGGGUGACCACGGCAGUUUCAACGCAGAAUAUCACCUUUCAAGACAAUGAGCCAACAGAUUGGUCAUCUGAAAUAGUAGGAAAGGAUCAAACCUCCAAGAGCUUUCUUCAGGAAACUAGCAUCUGAAGAACAAACUUUUGGGCAUGGAGAGAUGGUGAAGCUCAUGGUUUACAAAAAAUGUCACUCUACAUCCGUUACAGGAAAGGGCAAGCUCAACUCACAGCUGAGGAAGUUCGUCGUUGAAUGAAAACUCUCUCCAUCAAUGCACUUAAAUAUACAGGCAUCUUGUACUUAUAUUUAUAUGUCAUAGUUAGUGAGACUGCUGGUAAAACUUAUGCUGGUAUGUUGUCCAUGAGUCUGUAAAGUUUCUUGUUAUGAAGAGUCUGUAUAGUUUGUUAUUAUGAAGACGAGUAGCAGUGCUUCCGUUAAUUGUCGCCGACAUAGAUUCGUCCCCAUUAAAACUCAGGAGGUGCUAAAUCGGAGGUUCGGAUUGAAAGACAUUGAAUUCGUCCGACAAAUACGGUGGUGCUGCUGUUGUGUGAAUUGACUAUUGAAGUCACUUCCAAAUGGAACUUCCCUGCAUAAUUAUAGCGAUUUCUGAUCAAAUUACCCUUGCUGAAUUCAGGGUUUAAAAAAAAAAAAAUGAAUGUAUAUUUAUCUUGGCAACUAUAGAUUAUGGGAGUAAUUAUCUGAAUGAUUUGACUUAA